CUUUAAUCUUCAUGUCAAUAGAACAUUACAGUGCACUUUCCCCUAUACAACUCUUUUUACAAAACCUCGAUCUUUUAGGUUUUGAACCACAACGAGAUGCUUGUGAUCAGGCUUUUCAACACUUAAUAUUUGAUACUUCGUUAUAUCAACCAAACACUGACAACACCAGGGCAUUUGAAUGUACUAGUUAUUUUUUAUUCAAAAAACUAGAUCCAGUAGAAACCAAGACCAAAUUUGCUUCUUGCUGGCCUAUUCAAGAAUAUUCACCUUUGGCUCGAACAUACCGUAUGACUGCUUAUCAAUGGUUAGUGGAACUCAAGGAACGACAACUUUUGUUAGGUCCCAUCUCAUUACGAAGAAGUUAUUUUGAAUCAUGUCCAGGACACGAAGCUUUUAUCUCUAUCAUGUUGUCCUUAUCUAUAUUGACUCUACAAACAGUGAUUGAUCGUGACUAUGCAGAUCCAAAUGGUAAACCAAUACGAUUGAUACCCUCCUACAAGAAUGUUGGCAACAUUGACGAGCGGUUACCUCUUCCAAAUGAAAAUCCAGAAACUGUCCAAUAUAGUUUACAAACAGCAAUACAAGCUCUAUCAACUUACGUACAACAACAAAAGCAUGAUUUUAUUGUAUCUACAAACAAAUCUAUAGCCAAUGCAACAUUAUUGAAACAAGCGAUCGAUACACAACGAAAAUCCUUAUCCUAUUCUUCUUACGAAUAUCAAUAUGGACAAGUACCUGAUCUGACAAGGAUAAAGAAACGUAUGAUCCAAUAUCAUCAAGCUCAAACACAUCAACAAGAUCUAACCCAGCAUGCUUUAUCUGAUCAUAUAUUGAAAAGUGCUCAAUUACAAAUAGAAAAGCAUGAUCAGAUUCAGAACCAUACACAAAUGACAAUUGAUGAUUAUCAUAUACGGUAUAACCUUCCUUCCUUAUUAUCAGGAGAUACGAAUAUCAAGGAUGCCGUUGAGGCAAUACAGACUCAAGUUCGAUACCUUCUUGAUAGCAAACGAUGAUGAACAAACCUUUUUCUUUUUGACAUUGGCUGACUUCAAAAUGCGUGUUUUUUUUUUCUAUCCAUUAUCCCCCGUACAACAAUUUUUUUUUUCUUCUGUUUCUCCUAUUCUUUGUAUUUUUAUUAUCCU